AUGGCCAUCUGGCCUGCCCAGUGGCUGGGCCUUGUGCUCCUGGUUUCCGUUUGGGGGUCUUCAGCUCCAGCCUCCCUUCUUAGGCGCCUGGGUGAGCAUAUUCAAAGGUUUCAGGAGAGCUCUAGCCUGGGCCUGGGCCUGAGCCCAGGUACAGUGGCCAUCCCAAAACAAGGGUGGCUGGAGCAGCCACUGGAUCCCUUCAACGCGUCUGACAGACGAUCUUUCCUGCAGAGGUACUGGGCAAAUGACCAACACUGGACCAGCCAGGAUGGACCUGUAUUCCUGCAUCUAGGUGGUGAGGGCAGCCUUGGACCUGGCUCAGUGAUGAGAGGGCAUCCUGCAGCCCUGGCCCCAGCAUGGGGGGCUCUUGUGAUAGGCUUGGAACACAGAUUUUAUGGUCUGAGUGUACCUGCCAGGGGCCUGGACAUGGCUCAGCUCCGCUUCUUGUCCAGCCGCCAUGCGCUGGCUGACGUGGUCUCUGCCCGCCUCGCACUCGCUCGCCUCUUCAACGUCUCCUUCUCCAGCUCCUGGAUCUGCUUUGGAGGCUCCUACGCCGGGUCCCUGGCCGCCUGGGCCAGGCUAAAGUACCCCCACCUCAUUUUCGCUUCCGUCGCCUCUUCCGCCCCGGUGCAGGCGGUGCUGGAUUUCUCCGAGUACAAUCAGGUGGUGUCCAGAAGUCUAAUGAGCGUGGCGAUUGGCGGAUCCGCGGAGUGCCGGGAGGCGGCAUCUGCAGCUUUCGCGGAGGUGGAGCGGCGGCUACGCGCCGGCAGGGCGACUCAGGCAGCGCUGCGGGCGGACUUGGUCGCCUGCGGGUCCCUGAACCGCGCUGAGGACCAGGCAGAAAUGUUGGGGGCGCUGCAGGCGCUGGUGGGAGGUGCAGUGCAGUACGACGGACAGACUGGCGCGCCGCUAAGUGUGCGACAGCUCUGCGGACUCCUCCUCGGGGGCGGGAGCAACUGCAGUCGCUCCACUCCCUACCGCGGGCUGAGACGUGCCGUGCAGGUUGUCAUCCACAGUCUGGGCCAGAAGUGUUUAAGCUUUUCCCGAGCAGAGACAGUGUCACAGCUGAGGGUCACAGAACCCCAAGAGUCCGGCGUGGGUGAUCGGCAGUGGUUGUACCAAACUUGUACUGAGUUUGGCUUCUAUGUCACCUGUGAGGGCCCUAGAUGUCCUUUCUCCCAGCUCCCAGCACUGCCUUCCCACCUAGAGCUAUGUGAGCAGGUGUUUGGACUCUCAGCCUCAUCCAUAGCCCAGGCUGUGGCACAGACAAACUCCUACUAUGGUGGCCAGACCCUAGGGGCCACCCAAGUGCUGUUUGUUAAUGGGGACAUAGACCCCUGGCAUGUACUAAGUGUAACACAGGUCUUGGGACCCUCGAAGUCAGCUCUUCUCAUUCCUGGUGCCUCCCACUGCUUGGACAUGGCACCUGAGCGUCCAGCAGACUCCCCCAGCCUCCGCCAAGGGCGGCAGAACAUCUUUCAGCAGCUGCAGACCUGGCUUAGGCUGGCGAAGGACAGCCAGGUUAGGGGUGGGAUCUGAGCCCCAUAUCCUCAGUACACCCUGCACAGCCACCUCAGUCCUGGACAUAUUCGUUCAUUAGACAGGAGAAAGCAGCUUACUUUGAAAUUCCCAGGGACUGGGAUUCAGCAUCUGUUCUGCAUAUAACUGACUUGUUUCUGCAAACAUCUCAACUACUGACUAGAAGUGUUUUGUUACAGAUAAAGUUAUGUAAAUAUAAAUGGAUGCUUAUUCUCAUUGUGAA